AUGAUAAAUGACAGAAAUCUUGUGAUUAAUGGUAACGACCGAAUCUCACGUUUCAUUAAAACUCAUUUAUUAUCAUUUUUACGAUCUAAUCAUUACACACCGUCGUCUCAUUCCGAUGUCGUCAACGUAUUAAGCCAUUGGUGGAUCACUUUGCUAAAUUUUCUUAACAACGAUAUUGGUCCAACAAAGGAACAACGUUUUGCAUCCAAUUCUGCAUGUGGCCCUAACCUAAUUGUCAUUAUUCUCGAAUGCAUAAGCAGGAUUAUGACCAUCUUGAUCAAUGAUAGCCAUUCGUUUGAUAAAACCAUUUAUGAAAAAUAUUCCAAUAACCUUUUAAUGACACUUCAUUUCAUAACAAAUAAAUUAAUACUAAACUCUAAAAAAAUGAAAAGAGACAAAUCAAAUUAUCAGCAUUAUAGUAAAUAUAAUUUGAUUAUAAGAUCCUUUUUGGGAAAAUUAAAUGCAUAUUCAUUUAUCUAUUUGUCCACAGAUUUAAAAUUUGAUAUUCAACUAUUGAUUUCAUUAGCAUCACAAAGAAUCAACUUUAGUGUGGAAGAAAAUAUUGAAACAUCAUUGCCGUGGAAGACUCACCAUUUCCAAGUUACAAAAUUUUCCAAUAGAACUCCCAAGAUAGUUGAAACUAAAGAUAAUAAAUUUUUCAAGAUCAUCAUAUCGUAUUUAAAAAAUGAAUCAAUUUAUCAGUCUUUCUAUUUUCACUACCUUUAUUUAGCAUUAACACUAACUGAAAGAUCAGGCUCAAGCGUCUAUGACUUCCCAGCAUUGAAAUUUCUAACAACUUUAACAAUGAUUCAGUCAUUGAAAUGUGAUAUUCCUAAGAUACAAAAAUUCUUGAAAAGUUCAAGCUCAUUAAAUAAUUCAAACUCUUAUAAUGAUAAGAUGCCAGAUAUUGAAAACCAAAAUAUUCUAACACCAGACAAAUAUGACAGUUUUUUACUUAAAGCCAGUCAAACUAUAAAACUUUGGCAAAUAUUGAACAAAUUAACUCAAUUGUUCCCGCAAAAUAUAACUCCACUUUUAAUGAUUCAUGACAAUCUACAGUUAAACUACUUUCAGAGAAAAAUAGUAGCUUAUGAUUUCAAGAUUGCAAAUUUUGUUUAUGAUAAGCUUCUCAGGACUAUGUUACAAAAUGGGAUACAUUUUAUAAAUUGGGAUAGAUGGACUUUGGGCCACAUUAAUUUGAUCAAGACAUUGAAUAUCAACUGUCAAUUGAUAUCUUUAAUUUCAAUAUUUAAUAUUUGGGAAGAAAUCAACGUAGAGAACCGCUACAAAAUAGUUGAAUUCUUCCUAAAUGAUUCAAUAUGGUAUCAACUAACGUUAGAUGUAUCGAAUAAUUUAAUUACAAUAAUAUUUAUCAAAUUGGUUGUAUUUAAGAUACGUCAAAUAAUGCAUAACGAAAAUUUGAAAAUGAGGCUUCUGGAGAAGCUGCUUCUAUUUGAGCUUUUGAAAAUUGAUAAAAGUGAGUUCAACAAUUCUCCAAUGGAUUCUGUUUUAUUUUUUAAUGGUAAUAGAAAGUUUAUCUUUGGUAAACUACAUGGAGGUAAAGAUACAUCGAAGAAUAUAGUGGAUAUCCAGAAUGUAUUCGGACCUCUCGACAUUGAGGAGUCAGUUGAUGAGAAUGGCAUGAUUCCUGCAGUAGAGCAGAUGAUUACAGGUGUACGAGAGAAGGAUAAAUUUGGUUUUAAAGUCAUGUUUCUACCAUUGAGAGUCAAUAAUAUUCAACAUUGGAAUGACGUCUGGAAAAGAAAGAAACCUACCUCAGAUAGGGUAUUGCCUAGUAUACCUAACGAUGAAGGGCUACUAAAAUUGAAUCUCUCAAUAUUUGGUGACUUGUCAAGAUAUAAAGAUAUUGUUCACAGGGAAAAACAGACGAAUGCAAGAGAAAUGAGCAAUAUCGUGACAUUUAUCAAGAUUUUUAACUUAACGAUAAGGGAAUAUGAUGAGAUCAAUAAUUUAAACUUGAAUGAAGAAAAGGAAGAUCCGAUUAUAUAUAUAGAUUUUGAAAUAUUUAAGUAA